AUGCCCACACAAAGACUUCCUCAAUUGUUCUUCCGAUUCUUUCCCUCCUUUAUCACCUUUACGUUGAUCUUGUGCAACACCUACCAGUACUAUGUUGCUUAUGAAGACUGCAGUCUCGGCAAUCCCUUAUCUUUGCCAACCUUAGCUCAUGGCUCGCCAUCGCCUACUUCUAUCAACGGCCAGUCUCUGCCGGAGAGGUGGCACCAGAUCGAUCUCGUUGAUGCGAGCGGUGUCGAGUAUCCCGAGUACGCUCAGUCACUCGUGAUGGGUCUGACUGGCAAUAUCACCGAUGUUGAUCUUCACAAGCGCCGUCCAGAUGAUGUCUGCAGGUACAUCAUCACGCCAAAUGCCUGUCUGGGUAUUGGAAGCUAUGUGGUUGGUUGGGCGAAGAGUAUGGCACAAAUCAUCAAGGAUCUCUUGAAUAACCAUAAUUGUGGCGUCAUCGAUGGCACUUAUCGGGAUAUCAGAUACGUGUUCUAUGCUUCCGGCCGCAACUGCGAUACCACUUCCCAGCAGGACACCAUUGCAGGUGCGAUCAACAAGUAUAUGCAGAAGGUUGAUAACUGA